AUGAUUGAAAGUGCGUUGAGUACAGUGACUUGGAUCACCAUGAAAGUUUUGGCGUCAUUCAUACUUGUGUUUUUGCUUGACUUCUCGCCGUCAUAUGGGGAAACAAAGGUGCGUUUGGCGGGAGGAAAAAGUCGCUCCGAGGGCACACUGCAGGUCGAUAUCAGUGGGGAAUGGUUGACGGUUUGCGCGUUACCUUACCACAGCGGAGCCCCAAUCGCCCAAGUUGUGUGUGGGAUGCUUAAUGUUUCUGCAAACGUUUUCAACGGCUCAGCAAUUUGGAAGCACUUAAAUAUCCAAAAUAAGGGGAUCACCAUGGAUAACCUACACUGUAAGGGCUCGGAGGAAGACCUCUUGUUCUGCAAGUCUGGCCGUUGGCUGGCACACACAUGUCAAAGUUCCUUCUUUCUUCGAAUUGAAUGUAACACUCCUGUUGACAUUUAUCACACAAGGAUAACUGAUUACGCCAUCGGAGGUGCUGGGAGCUACGAGUACAUGUGUGACCAAGGGUUUGGUCCCGAGGAGGCGAAAGUGUAUUGCAGAACAGCAUAUCGUCCGAGAUGGAAUGCAUUAAUACUGCAUGGUCAGUACGCCGGAUCCUCUCAACUGAUUCACGCGAACUGCAAUGGAAAUGAAACUGACAUAUCAGAGUGUAAUCUCUACAAGUCAUACUGUAGUCAAAACAGAAGUGUCAGAGUGGAAUGUUUAGACACAGACAUUGAGCUGAUGGGAGGCCAUAACAAUCUGACCGGAACUGUCUUUGUGAAUGUCACUGAUACAUGGCGAUACAUCUGCGCUGAUGACUUUGGGCCAAAUGAGGCUAGGGUCGUGUGCAAAACUCUUAAUGGAACUGACGUCCCUGGCCAGAUAUCCCGCGAAUAUGUUGGCCAUUACGGACUGGUGUCAGACUUACAAUGUACGGGCAGUGAGGAUGACGUGUCUUUGUGUACCUCAAACGUUGGAGGUUACUGCAACAGCGGAUACGCCGCCGCUGUGGAUUGUAACACGGUUCGUCUUGCUGGUGGAACUGAUUAUAAGACCGGUCGUGUAGAAGUAUAUGACAGUUUCAACCGGACUUGGGAGACCGUAUGCAACAAUCAAUUCAGCUACAACGACGCAAAAGUUAUUUGCCGACAACUGGAAUUCAACACUGGAACACCUAGCUGGUACCGAUUGUAUAGGUAUUUUUCAAGACCAUCUAUAUACAAAAUAAAUUGCCAUGGUUAUGAGGGUGACCUAUCACAGUGUGCAAUCGACUGGAAGGACGGACAUUGCAGUGAAGAUGCUGGAGUGGAUUGUAGCGUUCAACAUCGUACAACACCAUAUCCAACCGUGUCCUAUUCUGCACAAGUGCGCCUGGUUGACGGUGACCACAACCAUUCUGGGCGGGUUGAGGUAUACUACCAGAACCAAUGGGGGACUGUGUGUCGACAAAACUUCGACCAUAAUGAUCUGAUAGUUGUAUGCAGGACAUUGGGUUACUACCGUGGCUACGGAUAUGGAAAGAUAUACGAAGGGGUACCAGCUUCCGGUGGAAACGUGGUUAUUGAAGACUUACAGUGUCGGGGAAUUGAAUCGAACGUAAAACAGUGUACAUCCAAGGUCUGGCUGUCAAAUACGUGUGGCCACUCCCAGGAUGUCAGUAUUGACUGUUAUUAUAAUGGAGAAACAUCAACAUCAAUGCCAUAUGGAUCGAUUCAUAUUUACAUUGGCAGGCCAGUAGAUGGAGACAUUCGACUUGCUGGUGGUGGCUAUGGCAGUGACAGUGGACGACUGGAGGUGUUCUAUAGCGGACAGUGGGGAACUGUUUGUAAUAUAGGUUUUGACAUCCGGGACGCAGAGACCGUGUGUCGUAUCCUCCGUCACUACGGAUCCCCGACCUAUUACCGCUCGUACAGUAUUGAGGGACGAGGCUAUGGAGCAAUCAUGAUAGAGAACCUCCAAUGUCGAGGUCGAGAGUGGAGUCUAGCUCAGUGUGAUUCCGGGCCUUGGUUGUCGAAUACUAACUGUAGUCAUUACGAUGAUGUUGGCGUGGAUUGUUCAGGAAAAAUAUCGGCAAUGACAACAGAGGCUACUUCCACUUGGUCUCCAUAUACUACUGCUAGUUUACCCUAUUGCGGAGGGUAUUUCAACGGGUGGUCGGGCUAUAUUGCCUCACCAAACUAUCCUAACCCAUACUUCAACGGCCAGCAUUGCGAGUACCAUCUCAGCGUUCCAAGCGGUCACGUGGUAUGUCUGUAUAUUGAGGACAUGAACCUUCAGACCUGUUGUGACCAUCUUCAGCUUUAUGAUGGCCCUUCUUCGUCGUAUAACAUAAUAAGCAGCGUGACUUCAACAUCUGCCCCGGGAAUAAGCUGGAACAAUACGGAGAUUUGCUCCACCGGACCUACAAUGACUGCAGUAUUUACUACGGACGGCUCUGUCACAAUGACAGGGUUUAACGCUACCUAUUCUGCGUUUGUACCAAAUUCAAACGGUAUCCGCCUUGUGAACGGUCCCAACUAUCACUCAGGGCGGGUGGAGGUCUACCACAACGGGCGUUGGGGCACGGUUUGCGACAACAACUUUGAUCAUAGAGACGUCAUGGUCAUCUGUAGGAUGCUUGGAUACUUCCAGGGAGAACAGUACGGUCGCCCAUACCAAGGCGCACAUUUUGGAAGGGGGUCGGGAACUAUUUGGCUUAGCAACCUUGGCUGUAACGGAUACGAGUCCGAUGUCCGGAACUGUUAUCACCAGGGAUGGGGCUCGCAUGGCUGUAGCAGCCUCGAGGAUGCUGGUGUCGAAUGUUAUGCCUACUUCUAUGAAACUACGACAUCUUAUCCUUGGUGGCUGCAGACGACGGAUUACACAACCUACCAGCCCUUGUGGAUGACAACCUCAGGCUACUCUGUGUACGAUGCGAUUCAUGUGAGCUGUAAUGAGCAGGGCUGGGACAUCCAGGUGGACAUGAAUCGCCUACGGUUGGCUACCCCCGGUGCCCUGUCCUCCGAUAUUUACCUGGGAGAGAACUCGUGCACAGGCACAGUGGAAUUGGACAUCCUGCACUUCCGUCAGGGACUCCGCCAAUGCCUUACUUCGGAGACGCAACGUUACAACGCGUCGGUUUACACCAACGAGCUUGUGUACGCCGAGCACGACCCCGUCUACAGUUACAUUAUCCGCAAUUACAACUGGACAGUUGGGGUUGAGUGUGAUGUCCAAAGAAACGAGACUUCUUCGGGGCACAUCCAUCACGACAACAACCAAAACACGGUGGUUCCGGUGACGGGCACCAGUCACUACGGCUACGUCAACGUCACAUUCUAUCGAGAUGCCAACUUCCAGAUGCCGCUGCCCGGAAAUCCGCUGCACGUGCCUGUCGGCACGGACGUGUAUGUGAAGGUGUUCACGACGACGAGCGACUGGACCGUGAAGAUGCGCGUGCACUCCUGCUACACGCGCCCCGCCAACAGCUCCUCGAACAACCUCCAGUACUUCCUCAUCAAAAACGGGUGUGAGAUGGAUUCAAACACUCAUCUUAUCUCGCAGUCAGCACACGAGACUCGCUUCGUCUUCAAAGACUUUGAGUACACGAGCAGCCACGAGGGUAUUGACGUUGAGUGUGACACCACGUUCUGCAGUUCCAAUGACCACACCCGCCAAUGCACACAAACAUGUAACCCAGUGAUAAGGCGGUCGGGGCACGUGCAUAUUCAAAAGGCAACAACAAAUAGUGACUAUGACGUCACAACUGAUGGUCAUGUCAGCAUUGUAAAUGAUGUCACUGUCGAUAGUCACGUCAGUCCUGUCAAUGAUGUCACCGCCGAUAUCCACGCAAGCCUUGUAAAUGAUGUCACGACAGAUAGUCACGUCAGCCUUUUGAAUGACGUCACAAAUGAGAUUAACGUUAAGCUAGUGAGUGACGUCAUAACUGAUACUGGUGAAAGUCAUGUCAGCUCUAUGAAUGACGUCAGAACAGAUAGCCAUGUUAGCCCCAUUGCGGAUGUCCUGAUGACCCCUUCCGUUGAGUCGUCCGAUGAAAAUUAACCAGCAGUUGUUGUUGUUUUUUCCAGUGAUUGCUAUAAAUGCUAUUUCGAAUAGUACUAUAGUCGAGAUAUUGCAAUUGUUUAUAUACAAACAAACGAACAUGAAUAAUAUAUCCGAUAAGUUUAAUGUAUUACUAGAUUUGUUUUCAUAUAUCAGCAGAGAGUUUGUCGGACGGACAUACAAAUCAUACUUUUUGCAGGUUUUCUGUACACGAACCUGAAAUAAAAAUUCAUGAGUUAAUGUUACCUUUCGAAUUUCAAUAAUUGGUCUGCAAAUGUUCACUUUUUAAAGUUUCUUAGUACUACCAAUGCUUUACGUUCAUGCAGCCAUACAAGAAAGAUUAUGAAAAAGCAGCGAAUAUUUUGUUUUAUCCUUUGGGUAUUAAACAAACGGCAUAAA